GAGAGGCGCGCGACGAAGGAAAAGCCGUUUGCUUUCGAAGCGCUCCUUCAGCGGCCCCCAGCAAGGCCUCGCCGGAGUCGCUCAAGCCACGCGCGCUGCACUAACGAUCCAAUCCUGAGCCGGGUAGCGGGUGGCGCUUUGGGGGCAGCCGUUCUCGACUCAGGAGCGGCCAGCAACCCGGCUCUCUUCGCCCCUCGCUUUGCCGGUUCCUGGGAGCGCGCUCCUUUUACCCCAAGUUAUUCUCGGGCUCUGAGACUAUUAAACGGGGUGCCUCGCUUCUCAUUUUGGUGUUUGCCUGGCGCUGCCUUAAUGUUUCGGUUCACUUGGGACUAACUCUUCGGAGUAAUCCCGCUGGGGGGUGUAGGAGAGGAGAGAAUUGUUAAAAAAAGUCUUUCAGAGCUAUUCAAUACGCUUAAACCUGAUGGGCCGUAAACAUGAAGGAAAGGGGGGUUGGACUUUAUAAGUAUCCUUAUAAAGGCGGAUUUUUCUUUAUUUCAUUUGGAGCAUAAAGCGCGUGCUGGAUUCUGUCCUUUCCUGCCCCGCGCCGUUUUUGUGGUUUCUUUCCGCCUCCCAAGAGCUCCGCUUUUCUUUCCAGCCAUUAGAGGGCGCUUUGAUACGUAGUGACCGGAAGACUCUAAAAGACCCCGUCGCCUAGCAACCGCCAUCAUAUCCUAAACAAAACUUGACACGCGGGGAGAGAAAUCGGCAUCCGCAAUUGACAGCUGGCAACCCUACUGCUGAGAAAGGCUGGAGUAUGUCACCCGCUAGGAACUCUUUUUCAUUCCCUCAUUACGAAAAUGAAAAUACAUACAGUGGUAAUGGGAAUGCACAGAAAACCUCCUAUGGCAUGCCCUCCCAUCUUUCUCAGCAACAAGACACCUGGAAUCGGCUACAUGGAACAGCAACUUUGGCAAGCAUUAGGAGAGAAGUCUGGUACUCAGAACCCGAGAUUUCUAAAGACAGUUUGGAUUUUAACCUCAGUUCUCUAUACAAUCACCAUGAAGACCUGCUUAAAAACAAAAGUCAAGUAGUCCUCCAUAAAGAGACCCUCCUGGAUGACCAUGGAACACUGAAGGGUUUAGAGCCUGUGAAGAAAUACACUUCAGUUCAGCAUCCUACCUCCAAGGGUAUUACUGUGAGACACUGGGUUAAUCCUGUAAAAGAAUCUAUCCACCACAUUGAGGGAGCCAUUGAAUCUCCACAUACUGCUGCCACAAACAGUGGAUAUUCCCGUAAAGAGAAUGGUGGGAUCUUCUAUCAUUAAUGAUUUUUGCAGGGUCAUGUUGCAGCUUUAUUCCCUUCGGCCUGUAAUUGCUUCCCAUAUGCUAACUCUUUGCUCACUGUAUGCUUAGUUUUCAGAUCAUCCAUUAAACCAGCCAGCUUCACUGAAUUUUAGUAAAAGCUCAACUGUGCUGUAUUUGAAAAAAACAGCUUGUUUUUGCCAAUGGACUGAGCCCCAAACAUAUCAGCCCUAAUAAAUUCAGAUAUUUGGUUAGGAGGACUCAACUAAUAGAAUCUAAUCUACUUCGGGCUCACCUCCAAAGAAGCUACUACUUCUUCAUAACCAUAAACAGUAUUAAUUUACACAAUCUUAGCUAAAAGUAUCUUAGUUAACAUCUCCAAAGCAAAAUAUGAACAUUGAUUAAAUUUAAAAAAAAAUGUUUUUCAAACACAAAAUGCAAAUAUAACUUCAUUCCUAAAUUAUUCCUAAUACACUUAUAGAGUACUUCAGAACACAAGUCCCCAGAAGAACAGAGUGAUCCAACUUCUGAAGAUUAAAACUAUUAUAUCAAGAGCAAAAAGAAUGCCAACCAGGAACAAAGGCUGAAUGCCAAAAUACACAAUUCUAUAACCUUUUUAAAAAGUUCUGCAAGUACAAAAACUGCCACGGAUCAAGGGGACUAAGCACCUGAUGUCAUUUAUAAACGCCAUGGCUGGGUGCAGACAAGUUUAACAAAAGCAAGCUGAAGCCAAAGUUUGCCAAUACAACCGAAUCUCAAAUCCAGCCCAUUAUUGAACUGAUAUUUUCCCUUGGAGUUUUAAGCCUGGUACUUUUGAAACAUGUUAGAUUAUUAACUAUGCUAAGUAUGGGUUGUGAGAAUUUGGCUCUAAAAAAAAGGAUAAGAAACCCCCAAAAGACAAGUUUCUAUACCUUUCAGACUUAUUCAGUUCCUGUCUCCUGCAUUGACUUAAUUUUUGAUCCUUUAUCUUCACAUAUAAAGCCAUAUUUUUAAAGAUUUUAUCUUUUGUCCAUUUUUUUCAUUAUUUAGUAUUAACUCCCUCCUAUUGCAGUUUUUUAAACUAAUCCAUGCUGCAGUAACACUCACUUAGAAUCAACUCAUCCUCUUCUGCUGAUCUUUUUUUUGCCACUCUCAAUAUGCAUUUUAAUUCAUCUUUUCAUCUAUCUUCUUUCACAUUAUUGCCUUCUGGUUUCUGUGCUGCAAUUUUUCUGUUUUUCUACAAAAAGAUUUUUUGGGUAGAUUCCAGAUAAUUGUUUCACAUUUUGGUUUCAAACCAACUAUAUUCUUUCUUGUAUAUGAAUAUUAAAUCAUGCAAUUUCAUGAAUAAACAUUCUAAGCAUUA